AUGUCGUCUUCGCUGCGUGCGCUUAUGCGCCGUGAGAAGGCGUCACGCCGUGGCAUGGAUCCAUCAGCUUACUCGGCGCCUCCCAAAAUACAGGCAGUAGAGUCCAAAUCGAACCACGAACUUCCUGUCACUCAGCCAGUAGCGACGUCUCAAACAUCGAAACCGACUACACAAUCCACAUCGCAGUCAAAUGCCUAUCAUGAAAGCGUAGUGGAAGAGAUAUUCGAGCUUGUCUCAGACUCCGAAGAUCUAGCAGAAGAAUCUCCUAUAUCGCAUACUGAUGCCCGGAGUCGUGGAAACAACAGUUUAUUCGGCACAUCGUCAAAUAUUAAAGCCCGAUCGCACGAUGAUUCUUUCGAAGAUGUAACCGAGAGGAAUGUCGAUUCGUAUAGUGGUUCCGAAGAUUCUGUCGACCCAUCUCCGAAGGGGAAACGCGCCAGACGAGCUUCAGGCCAUGAAGACAGCACAAGUAGUUCCGUCCAUGGGAAGCAACUCAGUAAUCCCACUGCGGAUAAUAGUGCUUCUGAAAAUAAAGAACCGUCUGCUUCUACCAAAACCGAUAAUGGGACGCCUCCCGUGGAGGCAUUAUCCGAUGACAUACAUCUGUACGAUCAGCUGAACACAGCAUUCAGCAGUCGUAUAGAAUAUGAGCGAGAACAGAUUUUGGGCAACAUCGACAGUUCUACAAACAUCGAUUAUGGCAUAGGCGGUGAUUCACGGAGCACUAUCACAUCUGCUAACUUCGGCAAGGCUACCUUCCGUCUGCCAGCCGACGCAAACCUACCUGAUGGCUUCUUCGACAACAAACGAUCCGAUGCGCAAGCUCGUGGCAAGUUGACGAGUUCUGAGGCAGGCGAAAAGCUCGCUGAGCUCGAUAGGAGCCAAGCUGAGCUACUAAACGAGGCUCAAUAUGUGCAGGAGAAGUACAUAGAAUCGUGGCACGAGCGUAGGCGUCUGGAACAUGAUGAACACGAACACGAAGAGGUGGUUCGUGAGCUUUCUGUCAAGGUUGCCGCCAUCAAAGGAGAGCUGAUGCAGGAGCCCACUGCGGGAGUUGAUAGCGUAAACAUUGUUGAAGUUCAUAGUCAGCAACCCUCACCUCAGGCUGUUGACAUACCCAAUUAUGACGACUUCGACGAUUUUUCAUGGCGUAGAAAGGCCUUGAUCUGA